AUGGCUAAAAAGGAUAAGAAAUCAAAAGAAGCUAAAAAACUACGAGCAGCUGAGAAACAAAAGAAAAAUGAAAAUAAAGCUGAAUCUAAAAAUAAAAAGUUAGCAAAAAAAUUGAAUGAUGGAGAAGAAGAAGAAGAUGAUGAUAUAGAUACAAUAUUAGCAAAUUAUCAAAAGGAACAAGAAGAAUAUAAUGAAAUUAAAGUAGAAAUACUAGAAACUCAUCCUUCAAAAAGGCUUAACCCUACAAUCAUCUCAAAUCCUGUACAUACAAAAAAGGAGCUCAUACUAUUUGGUGGAGAAAGUGUUUUAGAAGGUAGUAAGACUUCACAUUUUUACAAUGAUCUAUAUACGUACUCAAUCGAUAAUGAUACAUGGAGAAAAAUAACAUCAAAAAAUUCACCAUUACCAAGAUCAUCUCAUGCCAUGUGUUCUCAUCCAUCAGGAAUUGCAUUAUUAUUUGGUGGAGAAUUUUCAUCACCAAAACAAUCAACAUUUUAUCAUUAUGGUGAUACUUGGAUAUUAGAUUGUGAUACAAAAGAAUGGCAAAAAUUAGAAUUUAAAAAAUCACCACUGGCAAGAUCAGGUCAUAGAUUAAUUGUUUGGAAAAAUUUUAUAAUUUUACAUGGUGGGUUCCGAGAUUUAGGAACUUUUACAACUUAUCUUAAUGAUUUAUGGGUAUUUGAUGUAACUGAUUUUAAAUGGUAUCAAGUUGAAUUUUCACCAAAUCAUCCUAUUCCUGACGCAAGAUCUGGACAUUCAUUUAUACCUUGUAAUGAAGGUGGUGUUAUUAAUGGUGGAUAUACUAAAGUUAAAGCAAGAAAAGGUUUACAAAAGGGUAAAGUUUUAAAUGAUUGUUGGUUAUUAAAAAUGAAAAGUGAUAUAAAAAAUAUUAAAUUUGAAAGAAGGAAAAAACAAGGUCAAUUACCAUCACCAAGAGUUGGUUGUUCAUUAGUAUAUCAUAAAAAUAGAGGAAUAUUAUUUGGAGGAGUUUAUGAUUAUGAAGAAAGUGAAGAACAAUUAGAUUCUGAAUUUUAUAAUCAAUUAUAUUCAUAUCAUAUUGAAAAUAAUCGAUGGUAUAAUUUAACUUUAAGACCUUUAAGAAAUAAAAAAAGAGAAGUAAUAAAAGAAAAAACAAGAGAUGAAGAUUUAGAAGAUAUUUUGAAUUCAAUAUUAUUAAAAGCAAAUUUAAAUGAUGAUGAAGAAGAUGAUAAAAAGGAUUUAGAAGAAAUUCAAAAGACUAAAGAACAAGAAGAAGAAGAUGAAGAUAAUUCAAAUAAGGAAAUGAAAGAAUAUCCAAUAAUGAAUCAACUACCUCAUCCUAGAUUCAAUGCAACUACUUGUGUUGUUGAUGAUCAAUUAUAUAUAUUUGGAGGGAUUUUUGAAAGAGGUGAACAAGAAUUUAAUUUAUAUUCAUUUUAUUCAAUUGAUUUGGGUAGAUUAGAUGGUGUUAAAGUAUUUUGGGAAGAUUUAUCUGAAUUAGAGAAAGCAAUUGAAGAUUCUGAGGAAGAAUAUUCUGAUGACGAUGAAUAUGAUGAAGAGAAUGAUAAGGAUGAUAAGGACGAAGAAGAUGAAGAAGAUGAAGAAGAGGAAAAAGAAGAAGCUGAAGAAGAAGAGAUAGCAGAAGAGGAAGAAUUUCCUGAUCCAAGACCAUGGUUACCACAUCCAAAACCAUUUGAAUCUUUAAGAUCAUUUUAUAUUAGAACAGGUGCUCAAUUUUUAGAAUGGUCAAUAUCAUCUCAUAGAGAUGCUCGUGGUAAAUAUUUGAAAAAAAUUGCAUUUGAUUUAUGUGAAGAUAGAUUUUGGGAAAGAAGAGAAGCUGUUAGUGUUGCUGAAGAUAAUUUAGAAGAAAUGGGUGGAGUUGGUGAAGUUAUUGAAAAAGAUACUUCCAAGUUUACUAAAAGAAGAUAA